AUGGGUGCAUCAGCAAAAAAACAAAAGCGCGAGGAAUUCCGCAAAAAGUUCGCUGCUGCGAACUCCGCAGAAUCUGGCGAAGGCUCCCCCGCCUCAGCGGCCCUGAAGCUGCCUCAGAAGAAAUACUACCGGCAACGCGCUCAUGCGAAUCCAUUUUCAGACCAUAUGUUGCAUUACCCCCUCACCCCAGCACAUAUGGACUGGAGCACACAUUUCCCGGCCUUCACGAACCCCGACCCCAUGCAGACUAACCUCGCCGGCGCAAGGAAACUGCUGAAGGAUGUCGAGGUUGUAGACAUUGGGUGUGGAUUCGGCGGGUUACUUGUCGGGCUUGCGCCAGUUCUCCCUGAUACCCUUAUGGUUGGAAUGGAAAUCCGUGUCCAAGUAGCCGAAUACCUAACCGCCCGCAUCAAAGCCCUCCGCAACCAACAACAGCAACUUCUCCAAGUCCAACCCCCUACCUCCUCAAUACCGACCCCAACGCCACCUAAGGCAGCUCCAGACACUCCAGGCAUCACAGGAACAGAGUCAACCUCCGACGAAACAUUCCCUACCACCAUAAUUCCAGGUGGAUACCAAAACAUCACGGCGCUGCGCGCCAACACGAUGAAAUUCCUACCCAACUUCUUCGCGCGCGGCCAGCUAUCCAAGAUCUUCAUAUGCUUUCCAGACCCCCAUUUCAAGGCCCGCAAGCACAAGGCGCGGAUUGUGAGCGAGUCGCUGAAUGCCGAGUAUGCUUAUAGUUUGAAACCUGGGGGACUGUUGUAUACGAUUACGGAUGUGGAGGAGUACCAUUAUUGGAUUUUGAGGCAUUUUGGGUAUUAUUAUCAAGGACAGCAAGGGCAGGAGCAACAGGGAGAAGGAGGGGGAGGGCAGGAGGAGAAGAUGGAAGGGUCGUCGGAGUUGUUUGAACGGUUGACGGAGGAGGAAUUGGAGCGGGAUGAGUGUGUAAGGGUUAUGAAAGAUGCUACGGAGGAGGGUAAAAAGGUGACGAGGAACAAAGGGAAUAAGUAUGUGGCUGUUUUCAGGAGGAAGAGUAAUCCGGAGUGGAUUUGA